AUAUGCUCCAGCACCUAUGAAUAUGAAGGUACCAACCCUUCAUAUUGAUAGGUGCUGGAGCUGGUUCAUAUAUUCCCUGCACUUCUUGAAGAAGUUUUAUCUUUCAACGACAGGACACGCUUAUGUAAUUUUUUCUAAUUAUUUCUUAUCAAAAUAGUCCACUUGUUGAAUAUUUUAUCAGUUUGAACAAAGUCUAUUUUGAUGUUUUGAAACGCUCUACUGUUAUAUAUAUAUAUAGAGAAAAAAAAAUAAUUAUUGAUUUGUAUUCUGAACUAUUUCCACGUUAUAAAAGUAGGCGGGUGCACGAUGAUAUCCUAAUCGGAAGACAUUUUAAACUGAUAAACCAUUUACUUAUUAUAUAAAGUGUAUAAGCACCAGCAAUUAAAGGUGUGAAUACUUCGAAAAUCAGCGUCAAAAUUAAUAUUAAUAGGAAUUUUUAAAAAUUUUUGACAUGGAAGAUGAAAUAAAACGGCCUAAUUACAUAGACUGCGAUGGAUUUCUUAUCGUCGGAGCUUUUUCAAGAGAAGCAUUUCGUUCUGCCGUCAAUUAUAAACCCAAACCGGGCCAACUGUUUAUAGUCGCGCAUCCGAAAUGUGGUACUACAUGGUUACAACAAAUAGUAGCUCAGAUAUUUAAUAAAGAUAAACCUGUAAAUAACAUUUUUCAAAUGAAAAAUUCGCCUUUCUUGGAGUUUGCUGGAGCAGAUGCUGUAGAUUACAUGGAUGAACCUGGAGCGAUCAAAAUUCAUUUACCUUUUAAUUUAACACCGUAUUCUCCGGAUGCCAAAUAUAUAUAUGUGGCAAGAAACCCAAAAGACUGUUGCGUAUCUUUCUAUCAUCAUACAAAAAAUUUAGAAAUUUACAAUUUCGCCGAUGGCACAUUCGAUGAAUACUUCGAGUUAUUCAUUAAUGGUAAAAAAGAUUACGGAGAUUAUUUCGAUCAUCUUUUAUCUUGGUACGAACACAAAGACGAUCCUAAUGUUUUAUUUAUAACUUACGAAGAUUUGAAAUUGGAUACGCGAAAUUAUAUUCUAAAAAUUGCCAAAUUUAUGGGCGACGAAUAUCAUGAUAUUCUGAUCAAUAAUCCAGAUAUUUUAGAGAAUGUUCUUCGUUAUAGUAGCUUGAAACAUAUGAAAGAUAACGCGAGAUCUUAUAUUGCAUAUACGGCAUCUCUUCCUGAAGGAACACCUAUACCAUCAGGUGCUAAAGCUUUUCGUGCAUAUUUGAAAAAACAUCCUGAACUCUCACCGACUUUUAAAGGUAAUUUAGUUCGUAAAGGUAUUAUUGGUGACUGGAAAAAUCAUUUUAGCCCUGAACAAGAGAGGAGAAUGGAAGAUAGAAUCAAAGAGAAGACUGCAGGAACGGAUGUCAUGAGCUUGUGGAAAGACAAAUGAAAGUGAAGGAACGUAUAGAUUUAAUGAUUAAGUUCUUAUAAUUUGAAAUUUUAAAAUAAAUAUUUAAAGUAGAGUUGUAAAAUUGUAAUUUUUACGAAUUUCAUUAUAUUCUUUUACUUUAUCAAAAG